GCCAGACAUGUCAACAAACAGAAGACAUACACAGUAGAUGAGAUUCCAAGACUUGAACAAUGGUGUUGGUAGUGCCCACGUCUCGUAGCUCUUCCAGCAGGCUGUGGCUUAGCGCUUCUUUUUGAUUAUAAUAAUAAUAAUCUUCCAGCAGGCCUCUCCAUAAAUGACAGAUUUAUCCAUAGUUUUUAGCCAUUAUCACUACAUACACGCACUGUUUAGAAAAAUAUACACAGACUACGAUUCAAAGUUGAAGAUGGCUCGAGAGCGACGCCCAGUAGUGGGAAUGGGAAUGCUGCUCCUUGCCCACAAACUUUACAAUGUUGGCAUGGAUACCUUACCUCCUGUUACACUGCUUGCCAUUGUUGGCCAGACACUUCUUUUCCUAGGAAUUAUAAAUCCUCCAUGGGAUAGGUAUGAUGUCUGUCUUAGUGGAGAAUCCAUCUUAUAUUAUAAAGAUUAUCGCAGACUUAUCUUGUCUGCUAUUGAACAUGCUGAUGAUAUACAUCUCUAUUAUAAUAUGGCAUCCUUAAUUCUUAAGGGUCAGUCACUAGAGAGAAGAUUUGGUUCUUUGAAAUUCUUCAUUCUUUUAGUAAUUUUCACAUUAGCAACAAGUUUGACGUAUGUUGGCCUUGCCUGGGUAGCUGCAGAAGCAUUGGACACCUAUUCAUAUAUGAGGCAGUGUGCCAUUGGAUUUUCAGGUGUACUCUUUGCACUGAAAGUAUUAACAACAUUCUUUGAAAGUGGUGCAACUCAUUAUGUACAUGGAUUUGUGGUACCAGCAAAGUAUGCAGUUUGGGCAGAACUUAUUAUUAUACAAAUUAUUGUUCCCAAGGCAUCUUUUGUUGGCCACUUGUCAGGUAUAUUGGUGGGGCUUGCCUAUGUUUUGGGGCCACUGAAGCAUAUAAUUGAUGUCAUUUGUGGCAUGGUGCCAGUGAUGGAACUUCCUACAGCUUAUAGACCAUCAUAUACUUACACACACAGCACAGUUGGCUCAAAUUCCCAGCAAGAUGGUUCUGGAAUGUCGUAUCCACAACCUAGUGCGGAGGAGGUUCGACAACGCAGAUUACAUCGAUAUCAGUACUGAACUUUAAAAAAUGAAUGACUGCGAGAAAGUAACUUCAUGAUCAGAUAUAUUUUCCAUUAUUAAGGCUGCAUAUCACCUAUUAACCACCAGUCAAGAAUAGUUUAAUCCUUAAAAGAGGGAUUUAAGUAAACUCAGCAUGUACACGAGAGAUAUACAUCUCACAGUGUAUGUACUUGUGUGUAAUAUAAUACGACUAAAGACUUCUUAUACAUGUACAGUAAAUAAAUGACUGCCACCUCAAAUUUUUGGUAUGCUGUGCUUAUUUAUUCUUAUUUUACUAAAUUUCACACUUAAUUUAUUGGCAUGUAAUAAAAAUAAUGGCACUUUCACAGCAAUGCAAUAGUAAAAAUUAAUUGUGCAUUGUCUGUGAUAUAAAUAAUAACAUAAGCGGUUGAAUAAAUACUGGGCAAGAUAUUCAAUUACAGUAGCAAUGCAGUACCUUGCCUGUUCUGUAAUGAUUAUGAAAGCAAACAUUUCUCCGUGUUUAGUAUUCUGAAGACGUGUAUUUCCUCCUUGUCCUUAAGUAAAGAUAAACAUUCAGUCUCUAAUGCAUAUAAUUGGCCAAGUUUCUCUCCUUAUAGCGUACUAAAUGGCAUGAUGGAGACUUUUUUUAGUGUAGCCAGUGGAAGAAAUAGAGAUGCAGGAGAUGUAGACUGACUUACUCGUGGAAGUAAGUCAGUCCAUAAAGGUAGACACUUCAUACAUAUUCUAAUAAAUAUAUCACCUUUAUGUAUAUACUUUUUUUUUUUUCUUUUUUUUUUUUCAACAAGUCGGCCGUCUCCCACCGAGGCAGGGUGACCCAAAAAAAGAAAGAAAAUCCCCAAAAAGAAAAUACUUUCAUCAUCAUUCAACACUUUCACCACACUCGCACAUUAUCACUGUUUUUGCAGAGGUGCUCAGAAUACAACAGUCUAGAAGCAUAAACAUAUAAAGAUACACAACAUAUCCCUCCAAACUGCCAAUAUCCCAAACCCCUCCUUUAAAGUGCAGGCAUUGUACUUCCCAUUUCCAGGACUCAAGUCCGACUAUAUGAAAAUAACCGGUUUCCCUGAAUCCCUUCACUAAAUAUUACCCUGCUCACACUCCAACAGAUCGUCAGGUCCCAAGUACCAUUCGUCUCCAUUCACUCCUAUCUAACACGCUCACGCACGCUUGCUGGAAGUCCAAGCCCCUUACCCACAAAACCUCCUUUACCCCCUCUCUCCAACCCUUUCGAGGACGACCCCUACCCCGCCUUCCUUCCCCUAUAGAUUUAUAUGCUUUCCAUGUCAUUCUACUGUGAUCCAUUCUCUCUAAAUGACCAAACCACCUCAACAACCCCUCUUCUGCCCUCUGACUAAU